AUUCGACCAAAUUAUUGCGGGUAGUCGGAAGGCGAUAAUCAAAACAGAUCACAAGCCGUUNAUUAACAUUUUCAAGAAAGCUCUUCUAAAAGCACCAAAAAGACUUCAACUCAUGCUGAUGGCUCUUCAAAGAUACAACUUAGAAGUCACAUUCGUGAAAGGUAAAGAAAAUGUCGUAGCAGACACACUAUCCAGAGCAACGCCCAGACGAACUUACGUCGAAGAAGAAAAAAUACAGGAAAAAAACGUAUUUACUAUAACGAAAGAUAGCAGACUCAGCUAUAUAAUUCAAAAAAUAAGUAUCACAAAAUCUCUACAGAUAACACCGGAACGGAUAGAACAUAUAAAGAAGGAAACAGAAGCGGAUGUUACUCUCCAGCAAUUGAUAACUUAUAUUGUCAGAGGAUGGCCCAAGUACAUACAGGAUGUAGAAGACAAUUGUAAGGUGUUUUUUCAAUAUAAAGAUGAAUUAUCGACUCAGGGAGGUCUAGUAUUUAGAAGUGAUAGGAUUGUAAUUCCUACACAACUCAGGAAGACAAUGCUACAUCGAGUGCAUGUGGCGCAUACAGGAAUUGAAACUACAUUGAAGCUUGCAAGAGACACAAUUUUCUGGCCUGGUAUGUCUAGCCAGAUUCAACAAAUGAUACAAACCUGUGAAACUUGUAUGAAAUUUAAAAAUUCACAACAAAAUCCACCCAUGCAAUCACAUGAAAUUCCGUUGUAUCCGUUUCAGUUUGUAUCUAUGGAUGUAUUUUUUGCCAGAUUUGGAGGAAGGAAGUGCAAGUUUUUAGUCACAGUUGACCACUACUCGGAUUAUUUUGAGUUAGACAUACUACCAGAUAUGUCAGCAGAAUCAGUAGUUGAAGUAUGUAAACGAAAUUUCAGUCGACACGGNGUUCCCCUCCGAAUAUGCAGUGACAACGGUACCAAUUUUGAAAACAAACUUAUGAAGAAACUUAGUUCGAAGUGGGGAUUUGACCUCACAACGUCCGCCCCAAACCACCAACAGGCCAAUGGCAAAGCGGAGGCUGCAGUUAAAAUUGCAAAGAAGAUGAUACGGAAGUCUGAAGACAACGGUGAAGAUCUUUGGUUUAUGUUACUUCACUGGAGAAACACUCCAAAUAAAGUAUCGUCUAGUCCAUCCCAAAGAAUUUUUUCACGCCGAACCAGAACAGGAAUUCCAGCANCAUUAACAACGUUAUUACCCAAAGUUAUACAACAGGUACCUGAAACAAUAGAGCAUAAUCGUAGAAGAAGUAAGUUUUAUUAUGAUUUCAAGACAAAAGAAUUACCAAACCUUGUAAUCGGACAACCAGUUGCUGUACAAUUACAACUAAAUCGUGAUAACUUGUGGGAUAAAGGAAUUGUUGAACAUAAGUUUAGCGACCGGGACUAUCUCAUCAAUGUCGAUGGUGCUAGAUAUAGGCGAAGUCUAGUACAUAUACAACCCUACAGCGGUCCCAUGGUUCAAGAGGAAAAUAAUUCGGGUAAACGUCAUUUGGAUAUCGAUAUACAGACACAACAAGAGAANAGUAAACCCAUAAAACCCACCAAUAAUAGUAAUACCGUACACGAGGAGUUAUUACACGAUCCUCGACAAUAUACAGCCGCGAUAGACGAAACACCAGCUAUAAGGAACGCUGACGUUUCCACUCAAAAAGACUCUGUCAGGGAUAUGAGACCAAAGAGGGAAAAGAAGAUUCCUAAUAGGUUUAAGGACUUUGUAAUGUUUUAA